AUGGAGCAGUCAAUAUCUCAAAUCAGAGCAGUGUACGCAUUUGUGGGAGAGAGAGGCUGCAUGAAGGCGUUUGCAGAGCAAUGCGAGAAACUGAUUGUGAUGAGCAAGCAAGAAGCAUUGGUGAAGGGAGUGGGCAUAGGAAUGUUUCAAACUGUCACUUUUUGCUGUUGGAGUCUCAUUGUAUGGAUUGGAGCCGUUGUCAUUACUGCGGGAAGGGCCAGUGGAGGGGACAUCAUAGGUGCUGUUCUAAGCAUUCUCUUUGGAGCAAUCUCACUGACUUACGCUGCACCAGACAUGCAAAUAUUCAACCAGGCAAAGGCGGCAGGGAAGGAAGUUUUCCAAGUCAUUCAAAGGAAGCCCCCUGCAAUUGACGGUUUAGAAGACAAGAUAUUGGAGCAUAUUGAAGGAAAUAUCGACAUACGAGAAGUUCACUUUGCUUACCCGUCUCGACCUCAGAAACUAGUCCUUCAAGCCUUUUCUUUGUCCAUUCCAGCAGGGCAGACCAUAGCCUUAGUCGGUCGCAGCGGGUGUGGAAAGAGUACAGUAAUCUCUCUCGUCGCUAGAUUCUAUGACCCUCUCCAGGGAGACAUUUUCAUAGAUCAUCAGAACAUCAAGGAUCUGAAUCUGAAAUUCCUCAGGAAUAACAUAGGAAUAGUUUCCCAGGAACCUGUACUUUUUGCUGGAACCAUCAAGGAUAACAUCAAAAUGGGAAAACUAGAUGCAAAUGAUCAACAGAUAGAAAAUGCAGCAAUAAUGGCGAAUGCACACUCUUUUAUAUCAGACCUUCCAAAGCAGUACUUAACAGAGGCUGGACAAGGGGGAACUCAACUGUCAGGAGGUCAAAAGCAAAGAAUAGCUAUCGCGAGAGCCAUUCUCAAGAACCCGCGAAUUCUCUUACUGGACGAGGCCACAAGUGCAUUAGAUUCAGAAUCUGAGAGGUUGGUUCAGGACGCCCUCGAAAAGGCUAUAGUUGAGAGGACAGUCAUUUUGGUUGCCCACAGAAUGUCGACUAUUAUUGGUGCAGAUAUGAUUGCAAUCAUAGAAAAUGGAAGAGUCUCAGAGACAGGAACACACCAAAGUUUGCUAGAAACAAGUAAAUUCUAUAGUAACCUAUUCAGCAUGCAUAAUAUCAAACCAAUUCAAGACUCAAGCAACUCAAAUUCAUUGUCAGAACCAGGGAGUACCCAUCAACAAGCUUCAUCUUGUGACCUUGAUCAAGAUGAAAAACCGGAGCCAAAAAAUUUCGAAAGAGAUUCUUUGAGCCAAGAAGGGAAAGAGAGACCAAAAGAAAUAUUCUUUAGAAUCUGGUUUGGCCUGAGUAAUAUAGAGAUUAUGAAGACUAUUUUUGGAUCUUUUGCAGCAGCUUUGUCUGGCAUCUCAAAGCCUAUCUUUGGAUUCUUUAUCAUAACAAUAGGGGUAGCCUACUAUCACAAAAAUGCGAAGCACAAAGUUGGAUUAUACUCCCUCAUCUUCUCUCUGGUGGGAUUACUAUCACUUUUUACGCACACCUUGCAACACUAUUUCUUCGGAGUAGUGGGAGAGAAGGCAAUGAAAAACUUCAGAGAAGCUCUCUAUUCAGCUGUACUACGCAAUGAAGUAGCAUGGUUUGACAGACCUGAAAACAACGUUGGUUCACUUACAUCACAAAUAAUGAACACUACCUCCAUGAUAAAGACCAUAAUAGCUGAUCGAAUGUCUGUUAUUGUGCAAUGCAUCUCCUCCAUUCUAAUUGCCACCACUGUCAGCUUGAUCGUCAACUGGAGAAUGGCUCUCGUUGCUUGGGCUGUCAUGCCUUUCCACUUUAUUGGUGGCCUGAUACAAGCCAAGUCUGCCAAGGGAUUUGCAGGAGAUUCUGCUGCUGCUCAUCAUGAACUAGUUUCGCUAGCAUCCGAGUCAGCAACCAACAUAAGAACUAUUGUAUCUUUCUGCCAUGAAGAACAAAUAAUGAAGAGAGCAAGAAUGACAUUAGAAGAACCAAAGAGAAAAAGCAAGAGAGAAAGCAUCAAAUAUGGAAUCAUUCACGGAAUCUCCCUUUGCUUAUGGAACAUUGCCCAUGCCAUUGCUUUGUGGUACACGGCAAUUUUGGUUCACAAAAGACAAGCCUCCUUUGAAGAUGGCAUAAGAUCAUACCAGAUUUUCUCCCUCACAGUGCCCUCAAUCACUGAAUUGUGGACAUUAAUUCCAACUGUCAUCUCAGCCAUUGACAUACUAACUCCGGCAUUCCACACGCUUGAUCGAAAAACUCUUAUUGAACCAGAAAUACCAAAAAGUCCAGAAACAGAGAAAAUUGAAGGGAGAAUUGAUUUUCAAAGUGUAAAAUUUAAUUAUCCAUCAAGGCCAGAAAUUGUUGUUCUUACAAACUUCAGCUUACAAAUCAAAGCAGGAUCAAAGGUGGCUCUUAUUGGACCAAGUGGUGCUGGAAAGUCCUCUGUUUUGGCACUUCUGCUCAGAUUCUAUGACCCUGAAGAGGGCAAGAUCCUCAUUGAUGGGAAGGAUAUAAAAGAAUACAAUCUGAGAAUAUUGAGGACACAGAUAGGAUUUGUGCAACAAGAGCCUGUUCUAUUUAGCUCCUCGAUCAGAUAUAAUAUUUGCUACGGGAGUGAGCAGGCCGCUGAAACUGAACUUUUAAAGGUGUCAAGAGAAGCUAGAGUACAUGAAUUUGUCAGUACCUUACCUGAUGGAUAUGAUACACUUGUUGGAGAAAAAGGUUGCCAACUAUCAGGAGGACAAAAGCAGAGAAUAGCAAUUGCUAGAACUCUUUUGAAGAAGCCAGCAAUUUUGCUCCUAGAUGAACCAACGAGUGCAUUAGAUGCUGAAUCUGAAAGAACUUUAGUUAGUGCUUUAGAGUCAAUAAACGGGAACAAUGGACUCAGAACUACUCAGAUUACAGUUGCCCAUCAGCUCUCUACAGUGACAAACUCAGACGUUAUUGUAGUCAUGGAUAGAGGUGAGAUUGUGGAGAUAGGUUCACAUACCUCCCUGUUGACAGCUCCUGAUGGAAUGUAUUCAAAACUCUUCAGAAUACAGAGUCUCGCUGAUGAUUAAUAUCUUAAAUCCAUAC